GAGCGCGGCGAGCUGAGGCGCCUGCUCAGAGCGCACGCGGUGCGGGGAGGCACGGCCGCGCGCUCGAGCAUGGCGGCGGCGGCGCUGGGCAGUUCCUGUGGGUCCGCGUCCCCGGCGGUGGCCGAGCUCUGUCAGAACACCCCGGAGACCUUCCUGGAGGCCUCCAAGCUGCUGCUCACCUACGCGGACAACAUCCUCAGAAACCCUAAUGAUGAAAAAUAUAGAUCUAUCCGGAUUGGAAACACAACUUUUUCUACUCGACUCUUGCCUGUCAGAGGAGCUGUUGAAUGUUUAUUUGAAAUGGGCUUUGAAGAGGGAGAAACCCAUCUUAUCUUUCCUAAAAAAGCUUCAGUGGAGCAGCUGCAAAAAAUUCGUGACCUGAUUGCCAUAGAGAGAAGUAGCCGAUUGGAUGGAUCAGACAAGAGCCACAAAGCAGAAUUGUCUCAGCAACUUGCAGCCAGCACCCAGCUUCCUACAGCGCAGCCGUCCGGUCCUAAUGGGCUGACCCAGCAUCCAGGGAACAGUGAAGGGCGGUCAUCAAACCCACCGUCCACUCCAAUGGUUACUGGUGAUUCAAUCAUUCUAAAAGCUCUUCAGUCCAACCUUCAGCAUGUACUGGUCUAUGAGAAUCUUGCUGUCCAGGAGAAAGUGCUGGCUUGUAUUCCAGUCCAAGAACUAAAAAGGAGAUCACAAGAAAAGUUAUCUAGAGCUAGAAAAUUGGAUAAAGGUACUAAUGUAAGCGAAGAGGACUUUCUUUUGCUGGAGCUUUUACACUGGUUUAAGGAAGAAUUUUUUCACUGGGUGGAUGACAUUUUGUGCAGCAAAUGUGGUGGCCAGACUAAGUCUAGAGGCAAAUCAUUGUUCCCCAGUGAUGAUGAGCGGAAGUGGGGUGCAAACAGAGUGGAAGAUCAUUACUGUGACGCCUGCCACUUCAGCAAUCGAUUUCCAAGGUAUAAUAAUCCCGAGAAACUUCUGGAAACAAGAUGUGGACGGUGCGGGGAGUGGGCCAAUUGUUUCACACUGUGCUGCAGAGCCCUGGGCUUCGAGGCCCGCUACGUCUGGGAUUACACAGACCACGUCUGGACAGAAGUGUACUCCCCUUCUCAGCAGCGGUGGCUGCACUGUGACGCGUGUGAAGACGUCUGUGACAAGCCCCUCCUCUAUGAGAUCGGCUGGGGCAAGAAGCUGUCCUACAUCAUCGCAUUUUCUAAAGAUGAGGUGGUGGAUGUCACUUGGCGAUAUUCUUGUAAACAUGCGGAGGUAAUCUCCAGAAGAACUGAAAUUAAAGAAGAGUUACUUCGAGAAACUAUUAAUACACUUAAUAAGCAGAGGCAGAUAUCUUUGUCAGAAAACAGAAGAAAAGAACUUCUCCAGAGGAUCAUUGUGGAGCUUGUUGAAUUUAUAUCUCCCAAAAGCCCUAAGCCUGGAGAACUUGGAGGAAGGAUAUCUGGGUCCUUGGCGUGGAGAGUAGCCCGAGGUGAAACGGGUCCAGAGAGUAAAGAAAUCCUGUUCAUCCCCUCUGAAAACGAGAAGAUUUCUAAACAGCUCCACCUUUGCUAUAAUAUAGUAAAAAAUCAUUAUGUCCGCAUUUCAAGUAAUAACCAAACCAUUUCUGGAUGGGAGAAUGGUGUGUGGAGAAUGGAAUCCAUAUUCAGAAAAGUUGAAACAGACUGGAACAUGGUGUAUUUAACCCGAAAGGAAGGAUCGUCUUAUGCUUACAUUUCCUGGAAGUUUGAAUGUGGGUCAAUUGGCCUCAACGUAGAUAGCAUUUCCAUUAGGACAAGUAGCCAGACCUUUGAGACAGGAACAGUACAGUGGAAAUUGAGAUCUGAUACAGCACAAGUAGAGCUGGCGGGCGAUAAAAUUCUUCGCUCCUAUCAUGAUUUUUCUGGUGCCACUGAAGUUAUUUUGGAAGCAGAAUUAAGCAGAGGAGAUGGUGUUGUUGCUUGGCAACACACCCAGCUGUUUAGACAAAGCUUAAAUGACCCUGAAGAAAAUUGUUUGGAGAUAAUUAUAAAAUUCAGUGACCUUUGAGAACCUGAACAUUAUAGAAAAGCUGGCAAUAAUCAAGGACAUAGCAUGUUCUAAAGUAGUCUCUUGGUUCCCUGCAUGCUUAGAUGGCAGUGUUCUACCCCCUGCUAGCAUAUUUCCUUGUUGGCUAUCCAUCGUGUUAACCCUCAUGAAAAUGUAUCUUUUUACUGUGGACCCUAAUGAAACCUUGAAUUAAAAGCUUCCUUCCAUAUGUGA